AUGGAAUUCCAGACUCAAAUGUGUUGCGGUGAAAAGUUAAUAUCUGAAAGGAAUCAACUCGAAAGAAAAUUGUGUGAAAAACAUGAAUAUAUGGCUUCAAUUCAACACGACCAGGCUAACGAUUUUCUUGCAUUAUUGUGUAAGCAUGAUACUUUAUGUCGCGAGUUCAAUACAUUACAGAUCGAACUGAAAAGUAACGAAAAAGAAUACAAUAGUUUGUUCUGUGAAAACAACGAACUCGAUGUAAAAUUAGAUGAAUACGGCAAAAACAUAGAAAAAUUAAAAUGUAAUGUGUCAACUGAUUUAGAGACUGCGAAAAUACUGAAAAAUCAACAUUGCAAUGCGGUUAAGAUCAAACAAAGGCUUCAGAACGAUUUAGAAGAAUUGGAACUGAAACAGAGAGCUAUUGAUAGAAAGACGAUUGAUGUUCAACACCAAUUAGCUGAAAAAAUAACUGAACACGCUGAACUGGAAAAAACUAUUAAUACAGAAGAAAACGAAAGCGAACGAAUGAUCCUACUUAUUAAUGAUUUGAGGAUCAAAAGUGAAAAAUGUAAAAAGUCAUUCGAGACCAUGGAUGCAAAACUGAAUGAUCAGUUGAAAGAUAAGUUAGCGAAAUUGGAUGGAGUCAAACAAAACAUACUUGAUAAGAAAGCAGAAGUCGAAUUCCACGGUAAACGAAUCACGGAGUUAAGGUCCAAAAUAGAAACGCUAGAGAAUAAUCGUUUAAAUGAUAAAUGUACAUUUGACAAGAAAGUUUAUGAAAUCAAUACCGAGAUACAGAUCAUGAAGUCGAAAAUUUUCCAUAGCUGUGCAAAGCAUAUUGAAUUGCAAAAGGACAUAACUGCUUCCAAAAGUCAUCUGAACGACCAAGAUGUAGUGAUCAAAUUAAUGGAAUCGUCGAGAGAUCGGGCACUGGAAAAGGUUAGCAAGAUCAGAGAAACGACUGAAUCAAUAAAAAACAAUAUCGAAACGCUACGUGAACAACGUGAAAAAGAAAAGGAAAAUUCCGUAAUGGAAAUGGAUAUGAAAAUUAAAGAAAAAAGUAAGCUCAUGUCAACGAUUGAAAACCAACUAGAACAGUUAAAGGUAUUGGCGAAAGCAAAUAUUUGA